AGAUAUAUACAAAUUUAUAUUUAUAUUUAUAUAACUAUUGGUUCUCCUUCUCGUUCUCUUUUUCGCUUGUGCUCCGGGGCAUCAUGCUGACAUCAUCGAUAUUCCCCAUCUGGUGCACAACUCAACAUGGUAUUGGGAGCAAUGUCACCCGCGAUUCCUCGCUACCUUGGAAAGCAGCCGUUUUUCCAUGAUUACCAGAACCGAAAGCAGCACCAUGAGUCCCACGUUACACAUCGUGCUCCUGUCACUUCGGCGUCCAGACCAGACAGAGGAAGUGGGGCGCCCGGAUUAUGGUCACUGUAGAGUAUAUGAAGACAGGAGCCUAGGAAUCAGUCAAGAGUCUACGCAUCUGAACUCUUCUCCUUCUGUGCAUCACACCCAAGGUUCUUCUCAAUAUGGUAGAAGAGAGAGAUGUGGCAGACGGGCACGGCCAUCAAUCCGAGACCUCGUCUGAGGAGACUCGCAGACAACCAAGGCACCAACCCGAGGGGCAAGGGCAAACUCCAAAGUCAGGAGAUAAACGAUCCCAGCCGGAUUAUUCUCUCGCGGGGCCGCAAAAGAAUGCUCCGUCAUCAGGGGUCUACGUUGAUCCUUUGUACCGAAAAUUAAACCCUUCCUACGGCAAAGAGGAAGAGGAGCCAGUAUGGGGGUUGGCAAAGCCUUUCCCCAGGGUCGUUCGAUCUGGUAUGCGCCAGGACAGCGGGACGACCCAGGAAGCCUACGAGGCACCAGAAAGGGGAGAAGCAGAGGCAGUACCGCAGGUGGACAAUAUCCCUCAUGGGACAGAAGAUGCCGAUAGCACAAGUCAGCCUACGGACGAGGAGGGUGCAUCGCACGCACAAGCGGUCCGCAAACAUGAAGGAGAUAGGGUCUCACGGCCUGUCGAGAACGAGGCACAAGAGCGGCCGCCAGCUCCGGAAGAAGAUGGGAGGCAAGCGGAACCAGAGAAGCAAGAGUUCUUCAAUAAAUGGGCGAAGAUCAGACAUUACAUCAGAGAGCCGCUCGCUGAAUGGCUUGGGACAACAGCAUCCAUUCUAAUUGGCCUCUGCGGGAAUUUAGCUAUAACUACAUCCAACAAUAAAGCAGGCUCUAAGCUCUCUCAGAAUUGGGCCUGGGGACUCGGGUUCAUGGUGGGGAUUUACCUUGCAGGUGGUGUCUCCGGUGCUCAUCUGAACCCUGUCAUCUCGAUUACACUCUGGAUCUUUCGUGGGUUUCCUCUACGACGGUGCUACUACUAUAUCAUUGCACAGACACUAGGGGCCAUCACAGCUGCCGGAAUUGCUUACUGCCUCUACCGAGAUUCCAUUAUCACUCAAACACCAACAAUUCCACCUAACACAGCUGGUUUCGGUUUCUAUACUGAGCCGUUAAGCUACGUCAGUAGUGCUACAGGAUUCUUUAACGAGUUUGUGGGUACUGCUCUGCUACUCUGCACAAUCUUGGCUCUGGGUGACGACAGCAAUGCCCCUCCCGGUGCAGGAAUGCAUUCCUUCAUUAUCGGACUGAUUAUAACGGUCCUCUCCAUUUGCUUGAGCUACAAUACUGGAGGAAGUUUUAACCCGGUUCGAGACUUCGGCCCCAGACUCGUCACCUUGAUGGCCGGAUUUGGUGGACAUGUUUUCACUGACCGUAGCUGGUGGUGGAUCUGGGGUCCAUGGGUUGCGACCAUUAGCGGUGGUAUAGCUGGGGGAGCCGUUUACGAUAUUUGCAUCUUCAUUGGAGGCGAAUCACCGAUCAAUUAUCCAAAGAAGAGGCGUGUGCGUGCCAAGUUGAAGAAACAGGCCAAGUGGAGGAAGAGGUUAAGGUUGGGAACGCAUAAGGUUAGGGAUAUAGAGGAAGGUAUAAAAAAGAUGGAGAGCACAUAGGCAUAUGUAUGCGGUGAUGCAUACUGUCACCUGUUGCAUAACUUUUUGUUUAUUUCGUGUCAUAUCUGGCUGCAUUGACAGGCGUUUUUGUGCUUUGAGAAACGAAAGGGAAAAAGGCAUACAUGAGGUCAGGAGUUUAGUUAUUUGUCAUAGGAUUACAAGCGUCGACAGAAACGAAAUGACGAUUUAUGAGCAUAACUUCAGUUAGGGCCAUGUUGUAUAACUGAUCAGUCCUUUAGUGUUGUUGACGCCCCAAUUGUAAGGCCAUCAAAA